UUCAUACCGACUUUUUUCCUCUUUUUUUUCCUCCCUGAAACGGUGCAAUGAUGUUUCCAAGUGUUAUUGCGCCGCCUGCGAUGUACCCGAGCCUCCUGCGACCCUCGGCAGCACUUUCUCUGCCGCAGUCCCUGCACUCAGCCUUCACCUCUCACUCCAGCUUCUUGGUGGAGGACCUGCUGAGGAUCAGCCGACCUGCGAGUUACCUGCAUCGGGGCGUGCCAUCGCCGAGCACGUCCCCGCCAACCUCGGGGACCACCGUCGUGAACGGCGCUCCGACCGAGCGAGUGAGCGGCCCCGCAGCGCUCCCACGAGGAACGUGCUCGCCGCAAACUUCACUUUCCGCCAGCAACGACCCCAACUACCUUAAGUUCGGAGUUAACGCCAUCCUGGCGCCUUCCAGCAAGAACGCAUCAUCUCCUCCCUCUAUUCACUGCGUGCACCCGAAAGCUUUCCCUUUCCCUUACUUUGACGGAUCCUUCCACCCCUUCAUCCGGUCUUCCUAUUUCCCAGCGUCCUCCUCGGUGGUGCCCAUCCCGGGCACCUUCUCGUGGCCGCUGGCGGCCCGGGGGAAGCCGCGGAGGGGAAUGCUGCGCCGGGCCGUCUUCUCCGACGUGCAGCGCAAAGCCUUGGAGAAGAUGUUCCAGAAGCAGAAAUACAUCAGCAAACCGGACAGGAAGAAGCUGGCGGCCAAACUCGGCCUUAAAGACUCACAGGUGAAAAUUUGGUUCCAGAACCGAAGGAUGAAGUGGAGAAAUUCCAAGGAGAGGGAGCUGCUGUCGUCUGGGGGCUGCAGAGAGCAAACCCUGCCCACGAAGAUGAACCCGCACCCCGACCUCAGCGACGUGGGCAAGACGGCGUGCUGGGAAGACGAGGACAUGGAGGCGGAGAGCCCGCGCACUCAGAGCCCGCGCACGCAGAGCCCGCGUGCUGAGCGCUGCCGCACGCCGCCCGAGCGCAGGCUCGUGGACGGCGCGCAGUCCCUGCUGUCGUCGCCCGGUCACUCGAGCAAACACUCGGACUUCUCCGAGUCGGAGGACGAAGAAAUCACCGUUUCGUAGAUAAUCAAAACACAAGAUAAUUUAAUUAUGAGUAUAUAAAGCUUCGUAAAUACCUUAUAUAUAAAUUCAUGUAAAUUACGCUUAAAUGAAAGAGGCUGUAUCCCUUAAAUUAAUUUGGACACGAGAAGCCUGGUGUGCCACAUGUAGGCUUACCGGCAAAACCGACGCGCCCUUGGCGUUUCCCACGUAAAACCCGGUUCCUCCAAACAUAUAAAUGUUUAUUUUAAGGGAUAU